UAUAAGUUUCAGUUUUUGAUUAAAAAUCCAAAAAAACCACAAAAUAAAAAUAAAAAACAAAAUAAAAAAAGAACAAGAAAGAAAAACAUAUCUUCCUUCCCUAUUAUUUUUCCAGAACAACAACAUACUGUAUAUCAUAAAAUCAAAUCCUCUUAUAUCUUCAAAAAACGUCAAUGCCAAUUCCUCCAUCUUUCUUGAAUUCUUGAUUCUCUCUCACAUACACAUACACAUACACAGACACACAAACACGGACUUCAAUUUUUGCUUGCCAUUUCCCACACCCCCUCUUAUUUCUAGUUAUUUUUCUUUGUUUUUUUUCCCUGGAUUUUCAAGAUCCUCAUAAUCUUCUUGAAAUAAUAAUUCAAAAUUCCAUCUUUAUCAUUUAUAUUACAUAGAAACGAGAAGAAAUUUCUGGGUUCUUUUUUUUAUUAGAUUUAAAAAAAAAAAUCUAAUACGUCGUCAUUUAAAUCACUUGAUCAAGAAGUGCUAUCACAACUUUCUAUUUUAAACUUUUAGGUUUCCUUUUUUUUUCCUUCUGCUAUUUGAUUUUUUUUUUUUUGUGUGUGUGUGUAAAGAAUGGCUUUUUAUUUCUUAUAUAGGAGCAUAUUGCAAAAAAAAUUAUUGUUGAAUUUGAUUAAUGGUUGUAUUGCAGUUGGUAUUAAAGUUCAUGGUUACUGUAUUGUUGGGGUUUUACUGGAAUUUAGAUUGUACUAUUGUAUUUGACAUAACUGGUUAGUGGGGUUGCUAGUUUAGCUGAAAGGUUGAUUUUUUGAUAUUGGAUUUCAUAAUAAAGGUGAUAAAAGAGAGCAAUUCAAGAUUUUAUUGGGUUAAAACAAGUAAUAGUGGUGUAUGGGAGAACAUGAGGGAUGGGCAGAGCCAAGUGGGCUAUGUCCGAACGGGCUAUUGCCCAAUGCAGAAUCAGAACAGAUGAUCCGAGCCCUUGACUCGGAGAGAUGGUCAAGGGCUGAGGAAAGGACUGCUGAGUUAAUUGGCUGCAUUCAGCCUAACCAGCCGUCUGAGGAGCGCAGAAAUGCUGUUGCUGAUUACGUCCAACGCCUCAUCAUGAAGUGCUUCCCUUGUCAGGUUUUCACUUUUGGUUCAGUACCAUUGAAGACUUAUCUUCCUGAUGGAGACAUUGAUUUAACUGCCUUCAGUAAUAACCAAACUUUGAAAGAUACAUGGGCUUAUCAGGUUCGGGAUAUGUUAGAGGAGGAAGAGAAAAAUGAAAAUGCUGAAUUUCGUGUCAAGGAGGUUCAGUACAUUCAAGCUGAAGUAAAGUUAAUAAAAUGCUUAGUUGAAAACAUCGUGGUUGACAUUUCUUUCAAUCAGCUAGGGGGUUUGUGUACCCUUUGCUUCCUUGAGGAGGUCGAUCACCUGAUAAACCAGAAUCACUUGUUCAAGCGCAGCAUUAUUUUGAUUAAGGCCUGGUGUUAUUAUGAGAGCCGUAUAUUGGGUGCUCAUCACGGUCUUAUUUCAACUUAUGCCUUGGAGACCUUAGUUCUUUACAUAUUUCACAUGUUCAACAAUUCGUUUGCUGGGCCACUUGAGGUUCUAUAUCGCUUCUUGGAGUUCUUCAGCAACUUUGAUUGGGACAACUUUUGUGUUAGCUUGUGGGGGCCUGUGUCGAUUAGUUCUCUUCCUGAUGUCACUGCGGAACCUCCUCGAAAAGAUGAGGGAGAAUUGCUUCUCAGCAAAUUGUUUCUUGAGGCCUGUAGCUCCGUAUAUGCUGUUUUCCCUGUUGGCCAGGAAAACCAAGGACAACCAUUCGUUUCUAAACAUUUUAAUGUGAUUGAUCCUUUACGAGUAAACAACAACCUUGGCCGCAGUGUGAGUAAAGGUAAUUUCUAUAGGAUACGGAGUGCAUUUGGCUUUGGUGCCAAAAGACUAGCAAGAUUACUGGACUGCCCCAAAGAAGAUCUAAUUCAUGAAGUAAAUCAGUUCUUUAUGAAUACGCUGGACAGACAUGGUAGUGGCCAAAGGCCUGAUGCACCAGGGCCCGAGUUGUUGCGCCUGAGAUUUUCAACACCGGAUGACCUACCCGACUCCGAGUAUUUUAGGGUCAACUCUAGUGGGAAAAAGGUGAAUGGAAAAUCUUCUGGUCGUGAUUUUGAGGUGGAAGGAACUCAAUCACCUAUUGUUUCCUCUCAACAUGGUAUUCAUUUAUCUGGAAGCUUCUCUAGAAUGAAUGAUACCGCCCAAAAGAACCAUGGGAAUUUGAGCACCUCAAGGGUAUCUGAUCAAAAGAAAAAAGAGAGAAAUUUGAAAUCUGAUCAAAUAGGAAUUGAUACACAGGGUAGGUUUGUUUUUUCUAGAACACGGUCUAGUCCUGAGCUGACUGACAUGUAUGGUGAAGUUACUACUGCUCAAGGAAGGCGUGGAAAAGCUCAGGAGUCUGCAAAAAUGCAACCUACUCCAUUGAGGCAGGACAGCAGUAACUGGAGGAAGAAUCAAGGAUCUGAAAAUUUAGCAAGCCAGAAUGGUCGAUCUGACACUUCAUCGAUCAGACAUUUUCCAUCUCAUCAAAGUCUCGAAGCCGUUGCUGACUCCAACAGUAGAUCAAAUAGCUUUAGCCGAGAUGCGGGAUUAGAUGCUCCAAAUGAAGAGCUUUGUAGUACACAGGGGAUGAUGCAUCAGGAUGAGCAAGAUCUUGUGAAUCUGAUGGCAUCUACUUCGGUCCAUGGUUUUAAUGGUCAGGUUCACUUGCCAUUUAAUUGGGCUGCAGCCCAACUGCCUUUCCCUAUCUCGCCCUCCAUUCUGGCUUCUAUGGGAUAUAAUCAACGAAAUAUUCCAGGAUUGGUUCCCACUAAUUUUCCUCCUGCAUUUUCCAAUGUGCAAUUUCCUCAUGGUAUGAUUUCGCCCCACUUAAAUCAUUACUUCCCAGGCCUUGGGUUGAGUCCAGCUUCUGAAGAUUCAAUUGACCGGAAUAGUGAAAAUUUUAGUUCUACGGAUAUGAACUCAGGCGAGGCAAUCAAAGAUUUCUGGCAGGAGCCAGAUGCAGGUUCUAACGUUGAAUUUGACCUACAAAACGGAAAUUAUGAAAUACCUCAAUCUGAUGAUAAAACACAUGCAGUCGAGUCAGGUUCUAAUUUUGUUCCUUCAUCUUGGGCGACUGGCUCCAGUAAUAGAGCUCAGCAGAAGCAUACAAAGGAAAAACAUGGGCCAAUCAAGGAAGAACAUUCUGAUGAUAUUCAGUUUCAGGAUAACAUAAGAAUGACCGAUGUUUACGCUGAAGAAAGAUUGGCAAGUUCAAGGUUCUCAUCCGCUGCUCACAGCAAAACCUCUUCUGAGAGUUCUUGGGAUGGGUCUUCUACUAAAAGUACAAAGUCAACAAGGGGAAGACGGGGAAAUAAAACAGGUGAUGCUGAGCCAACUACUGGUUACAGAAAAGUUAAGAUGAUGUCUGACCAUAAAUCUAACCAAGCCGUGGAAGAUGAUCAGGAUUGGAACUCUGUUUCAAACUUGGGUACCGAAAUGUCUGAGAGUAGCCAGGGCAUUAUUUCCAUGCACAUUGCAAGGCAACAUAUGCCUGAUUAUGAAGGUGCUCAGACAAGUGGAUCUGACCCAAUAGUGCCCAUUGCACCAAUGCUCAUAAGGCCUGGUUCUCAGCAAAGAAUGACGGAUAAUUCUGGGGUUAUUGCAUUUUAUCCCACCGGGCCACCAGUUCCCUUUCUUACAAUGCUUCCAAUAUAUAAUAUUCCACCUGAGUCUGGAACUCCUGAUGUAUCAACCGGCCACUUCGGAAGAGAAGAAUGCUUUCCCAAUCGUGAUUUAGGCCAGAACCUUGAUCCUUCUGAGGGACUUGACCACAGUGAAAAUGAAAAUAAUAAACAUAAGUCUGAUAUACUUAACAGUGACUUUGCUAGUCAUUGGCAAAAUUUACAGUAUGGACGGUUUUGCCAAGAUCCCAGGCCUGGGCCUCAUGUUUAUCCUUCUCCUGUUAUGGUACCGCCUGCAUACUUAAAAGGCCAUUUCCCGUGGGAUGGUCCUGGAAGACCGAUGUCAGCGAGCAUGAGCCUUUUUACUCAAUUGAUGAGCUGUGGUCCUCGUAUAUUACCCAUCUCACCGCUACAAUCUGUUUCAAAUCGACCUCCCAAUAUGCUUCAACAUUAUGUAGCUGAGAUGCCGAGAUAUCGUAGCGGGACUGGGACAUACUUGCCAAAUCCAAAGGCUUCGGUCAGGGAUCGUCACUCUUCCGGUACAAGAAGGGGGAAUUACAACCAUGACAGAAAUGAUAACUAUGGUGACAGAGAGGGUAACUGGAAUGCGAAUUCGAAAUCCCGUGCCGGUUGGCGCAACUACAACCGCAGCCAAUCUGAGAAAUUAAACUCAAGAUUGGAUCGACCAGCAUCCAGUGAGAGCCGAACUGACAGAUCAUGGAACUCUCAUAGACACGAUUCCUUCCCUUCAUAUCCGUCUCAAAAUGGUCCAUUGCAUGCAAACUCAAGCCCAAGUGUGCUUCCCAGUAUGGUGCAUGGCAUGUAUCCUUUAACGUCAAUGAACCCAAGUGCAGUGUCUUCAAAUGGACCUGGUGUCCCUCCUGUUGUAAUGUUUUAUCCGUUUGACCAUAAUUCUACUUACAAUUCACAUGGAGAACAGGUUGAGUUCGGAUCUGUGGGUCCAGUAGGUUUCUCAGGUGUAAACAAACAAGUCCAUCCAGGUGAUGGAAGUCAACUAAGGGGAGCAUUUGAGGAACAGAGAUUUCAUGCAGUCUCUGUGCAACGGUCUUCUCCUGAUCGGCCAUCUUCACCGCAUUAUCAAAGCAGAAAGAAGACUGAGAAGUGGUGAUGCAAGAAACAGUGGCGAGGGCUGGCGUGUUGCUGGUCGUUCUUAUCCUGACUUUAGAACGGGGCUCUCGUGCACUAGCUCUACAAAUUUUGUUAGUAAAUGGUCACAUCUUGGUCCUUAGCUUUCAGUUAUUGAAUGUAAGAUGUGAAGUCAUGAUUUAGCCGCAGCAACCCUCUUCAAUGACGCCAAAGGUGAUUGGUAGGAAAAAAGUUGUGUAGAUUUUGUUCCGCUUGUAGGAUCGACAUAUUGUAACCUCAUUGAAGUUGACAAGUCUUGUUAGAAUUUAGGGGUUCAACUUUGUUAUACUAGUGUUACCAUUGGAAAUCAUUUUCCAGAGAAAUGUACAAGAAUUUUGUUUUACAGAUGACUCUCUACUAGCUUCAGUUCAUUCAGGAUUUCGACAGUGUAGUGGUAUAUGAUUAGAAUUCAUUUCAAGCA